UGACAACCAGCGGACGGAAGCCCCAGUCGCUCGUAAACGUCAAACGCUUGUUUUCGCCCGUGAAUCACAUGGCGAUAGGAAAUUGCCGAGUCCGUUGUACGUAUGUCGUAGCGCCGUGAGAAAAGUUGCUGCUACUCGUGCAAGCUCGUGCUCGUAUUCCGCAUCCGCGUUCAACAGCGCGAAUUUUAAUCGUGAACGUUGCCCCGCUGCGACGGUUCGAAAUACACGUCGCUGUUAUUCCAGUGCCGCUGAUCGAUAAAUGUAUUUGCAUGAAAUCGAUUAGUGGCCUAAACUGGCACAUUCGGCGACUCGAGUCCGCGCGAGAACAAUUCGUGUCAAAUCUUUGUCUCUGUUUAAUAAUUUUCAAAACCGAUACAAGGCAUGUAUGGAGACGUUCACGAGGAACAAAUGGCUGAUACAGAUAUUAGAGCAAUCCAUCAGUUUCUUGUGGAUCAUAAUUUUGACAGCACCGCUGAAUCCUUAAUCAAGGAAGCUUCGAAAAUGGGUUUUCAGAAUUUGCAAUGCAAAUUAGGCACUAUUACAGAUCUCUAUGCUCAAUUAAUGUUCUGUUACCACACUGGAAAUUAUCUGACGUUUUUUCAGUUGUGGAAUGUUUUAUUCCCCGAAAGCAUUAAACAAUGUGAGGAAUACAAGAAGCUAACGUUUUACCUACACGUGCAUUUUGCUGUGCUGCCCAAACGCAAAUUAUAUGCCCAUCAGAAUAAAGAAUAUGAACCAACAUCAAGAACAGGAGAAUGGAACUCGUCUUCGAUAGAAAAAGAUCCUAUUUUACAAAAUUGCAAGGAGAACAAUGCAAAUGAAAUCGAAAAACGUAUAAAUAACAGCAUGAAACAAUUGCAAGAUUACUUGAGUGGGGACGGCAAGGAAUUAAAACAUGAUACGGAAUUGCAACCGUUUUAUGCUCUACCGUUUAUAGAGGAUUUUUACGCGGACACUCUUUACGCCAACAUCCUCGAAGAAUGUUGGUUGGACGAGUUAACGAGGAAUCUGAAUUCAUUUAUCACGAAUUAUAGACAAAACUUGAUCGACAUGAACAAUACGGAGGUUGACAAAACGCAGUCGCAGGACUCGGUACGAAUUUCUACAACGAAAGCGACAGCUGCAGAAUCUGACGUUGUACUGAAUAAGAUUAGGAAGAAUAAUGUACCGAUUGUGCCAAACGAUAGAGAUAUACCUAUAUUUCUGGAAGACGACCAUAAUGAUGAGGAGCAAUACGGAUUUUCUCAUGAGACAAAUCGUAGUUUGAAAUCAAAGAGCACACAAACGCGCAUUACUGGUGACCAGAUAGCAAUUAACAAUUCGCGGGAAGAUACCCUGAAUCCGGGAGAAAGCGUUCGCAGUUUACUGAGGCUGCAAAAGACGGACAGGAGGUUGAUGCAGUGCAAUCAGGAGCUAGCAUUAACCAAGACUCACUUGUGCAGCGUCCAUAUGAAUUACGAGAAGCUAAAAGGGAGAUUUCACAAGCUGCACGCGGACUAUCACAAGCUGAUUGACGUCGCCGGGGAAUUAACGGUAGCGCUCGAGAAUUCGGUGAAAGGCCAAGCCGUCGACAUACAACGAACCCUCGAGAUUUGCAUGAAGAUCUUUCCGGAUCUCUUCAAUCAAAACAUAAGAGAGACUUCCUACCCCUCCCUGUUGCAAUUCGCUCACACCGACGUAAAAGCAAUCGCGUUGCCCAAGCUCGACAUCAAAGCAGUACCGAUACCACCGAAACUGCUGGACUACAGGAAGAUCAAGCUGCAUCUACUUAACGGGGACGUGAAAACGAAGUUGCUGCUGCUACAAGCGCUGCGCUGGAAAAUAACGCUGGCGCAGUCGACGGAACAGGACGAGGUCCUGCACGAAUUCAUAAGCCGCGACUUGCUGGGUCUUCACGGACAGAUCGCCAGCGACAACGGUAAGCCGGUUCUGCCGUCCUUGCUGACUGCGGGAGAAGCUUACGCGAGGCAUCUUCUACAGCAGUUCACCGCGCGAUUGUUGAAUGCCCUGGCAUCCUUCCGAUGUGGCAGAGAUUACCUGUCGGUCGGAUCCACUGUCGUGAACGUGACUUUUGCUUGCCUGGAUAAUAACUACGUCGACGGCGUGGAUCCUUUCGGAUGCGACAUGAUGCUGGCGAUGCUGCAGAAGCUAUCUUUACGCAGGCAGCAACGGAUAUACAUGAUAGAAAGCGGUUUGCUGGAAUGGCUGAUCAAUCACCUACACGAUAAAUAUCGCGUUAUGAAUCUAUACCGACUCGAGUAUGCUACUGCGUUGUUAAUGAACCUGUCGUUACAUCGGUUAGCGCAGGCGAGAGCGUCCAAGAUAGCUCCGCUACUCGUUUCCACCUUGCUCAUCCUACUUUCGUUAGAUCAUGCGUCUUCACUACCGUACAUUAACGGAGCGCUGAACAACUUUCUGAACAACCCCGUAAUCAGCGAGGAAGCAAAGAGAACGAAACAUAUGAACGUAUCGGAUUUUGCUGGUAAUAAAAAAACUGCAGAAAUAAGGAAACAUUUGGAUCAUGUACUGAAGAUACAAAAGCGGGAGAUUAUUAACACACCGCAGAAUGAUGAGACCGGGGACGAUGACAAUGAAGAACUGGAUGUGUUGGAAAACGAAGUAGACGAAAACGACCCACUGCAGAAUUAUGUCGGAGAACUGAACGGAGAAACGUUGCUUGCAAUGUGUUACAGCGUCUCUUCGAAAGUUCCUCAGGACGCUAUAAAUACGGAUACAAUUCUACAAACAAUAUCUGCAACAAAUCUUAAUGAAUUUUGCGAUACUGGACACAAUAAUCAUGUCCAUAGUAAACACACGUCAUAUCCUGCACUAAGAGACAGCAGUGAAACUAUAGCAGCGUCUUCUAUGACCCUAGCGUCUGUCCGCGAGAACAGCCAAACAGAAACGGAGAAAUUCAGCAGUGUAGCAUCGCUGUAUACUAGUAAUUACGAUAGCAAUGUAGUUAACGAUACUACAUGGAAAAAUGAUUCAGAACUUGUUAAAGAAGAAGCAGAAGCAUUCUUGGCCAAGCCUAAAUUAUCAAGGACACCUCCGUGAACAUUAUAUUGAAAAAUUCUAAAAAGUACAAUUAAAAUAUCAGACUUAUUGUAUUAUAUAAAAAUCGUCGAACUGCAACUUUUAAGAUCCAUUAUAUACGGGAUUACAGUAUUCUUUUUACAAUGUGUUUAUCACAAAUAACGUAUUUUCAGUCUGACAUUUAAUAAAUGGAUAUAUAUAUAUAUAUAAAUCAUUUUAUGCUGUAUAUGAUAUGUUUUAGAUUUAUAUAAAAUAAAGAAAGAUUUCU